AUGGCUGUCUCGUCUUCCUGCGUAAAGCGCUUCGAUGCUGGACUUGAGAUCAAGACUCGCUCGGUUGAGCAAACGCUCAUUCCCUUAGUGUCUCAGAUUACCACUCUGAUCAACCACAAAGACAAGCUGAAGAGGUCUGAGAGAACAGCCAUGGCACUGCAGAGAGUUGGCCAGGCUGUGAGUGGAGCCGUGGAGCAUUUUGUGGCUGUUGGGGAAGCCAUUGCAGCAGAGAAUGAAGAAUUGCAGGAGGAGAUGACCAUAGCUUGUCUGGAGGCACGGAAGGCAGGUGACUCCAUAGCCCGAUUCACAGAUGUGGAUGUUUCGGGACAACCUGAUGGACUGACGGUCGCGUUUGAAGACAAGGCAGGUGUGGUAAAAGCUGCCCGGAUGCUGCUGUCCUCAGUCACCAGAGUCCUGCUACUGGCCGACCAGAUCAUCGUUAAACAAAUCAGUAGCUCUCAUAGCAGGGUCCUGAUGUGCUUAGAUCAGCUGGAGCAUGUGAGCUGCUUUCAGGAGUUUGUGCAGAUCUUCAGUCAGUUUGGAAACGAGAUGGUAGAAUUUGCCCACCUUACAGGUGACCGGCAGAAUGAUCUGAAGGACGAAAAGAAGAAAGCCAAGAUGGCGGCUGCUCGAUCAGUGCUGGAGAAAUGCACAAUGAUGCUCCUGACGGCUUCAAAGACAUGCCUCAGACACCCAGACUGUCCAUCAGCGCAAGUGAAUAAAGAGUCUGUGUUUGGGCGCAUGCGCUGGGCCCUUGAUGAAGUCAUAGAGAUCGUUACAGACACACACCAUGGGGUGAAUACUCAACUCCAACCUGUCAGUAUCUAUUCCGAGAUCAGAGGCUUCAAGGCCAUGGUGGAGCGUCUGAGGGACAGACGGCAUUCGUUGCCAGAGGGAAGCUUAAGGGCUAAGUUGGUGUCUGUGAUAGAACAGACUGAGGACUUCACUGACUCAGCCUAUACUGGUCACAAACAACGUCAGAAAAUUUUACAGCUGUGUCAUCUCACCAAGCAAGAGCUAGAGCAGCUCCUCUCAGUCUGGACACAUAAUCAGACUUUUGAAACGAAGCAAGUUGCAGAGGAGAAGGAAGUAUGCAUUCUGAAAACAGUUGAGGUCAUCAGUGAACUCAGGGAAGAGCUCCAUAACGUGGCGGUAGGCCUGGCAACAGACAUGCUUAAGCAAUCGUCAGACCGAAGUGUUUUACGGUCCAUUAGAGUAUGUGCAGGGGAAGGUGACAUAGAGGCUUUAGCUCAAUGCUCCUGUGCGCUCAAGGAGCGGAAGGAACAACUGCUGGAGAUGUGUCGACUCCUUCGUCAUGUCUCCGGAAUGGAGCCUUUGGAAAUUACCUGUCUCCAUGCUGAGAAAACCUUCCAGGUGAUUGGACCACAGAUAGUGUCUGCAGCUCAAACUCUAACCCUCCAUCCAUCCAGUAAGAUUGCCAAAGAGAACCUAGAUGUGUUCUGUGAUGCUUGGGAGUCCCAGCUUUCUGACUUAAAUAUCCUCCUGAAAGAGAUUGUUGAUGUUUAUGAGGGGACAAGAGCUGAAAAAAGUGCUUACCAGUCACUACCCAGAUCGGGGAAACAUUUAGCCAAUAAGGAGAUUAAGUCAGUUAAACUGGACACUGAGGAACAGAACAGGUUGGCUAAACUUGGCAUGGAGCUGAAACAGCUUGCCUCCCUGGUGGAUACAGAGAGCAGGGCGCUUCAGAGGCAGGACGUGGAUCAUCCCAUUUUAGAUAAAGGCCAAAGCAUGUCCAGCCUGGCCCACUCCAUCUACCUCUUUACCCGUGGGGAAGGUGUUUUGAAGACAACUCUGGACUUGUUUCACCAAGCAGAGGUGUUUUCAAAGGAAGGAUUUCAGCUUUGUUCAUCUCUGCAGCUCUUCUCCACAGAGCUUGAGGAUGAGGAAAGAGAGCUUAUAAUGACUGAGACUGAAAGACUUGCUGCUUCAUGCAGUCAGCUCCAGUCCACAGUGAAGAUGACAGUAGAAGGAAAGACUGCCAUUUUCCUCAAGGUUGAUACCUUGAUCCAAAACACUAAAAACGUUAUGGCUACCAUGGCAAAUCUACUUCCGCUCUACAAGAAGCUACUAAGAAAGGUGAGAAUCACUGUGUUACAAAAGUUCACAGUACCUCCUGAAUAUAGUCAGCUGACAGUAUCUUCAGAUCCCAGAGACAGACAACUGCCCAGUCCAACCAGGGAGGGCUUGCUCACAAAACAUGCCUCCAAAAAAUUAGGGGUCAAAUCUGUGGAGAAACACAUGGCAAGCUUGACUUCCCUGGAGAGCAAAUGA